AUGAAUUUUCGCAGUGUAAAAAAUUUGUCCGGACGUAAAAUAGCUCCCCAUUCAGAUAUCCGGGUGGGAGCUACCCUGCAGGAUGCAUGUGAGAAGAACAAAACGAAAAGAAUAGGAACGUGGAAUGUACGAACAAUGUUAAAAACAGGAAAUCUGUAUAAUAUAAAAAUAGAAAUGAAAAGCCUAGAUAUAGACAUAUUAGGAUUGUGCGAAAUACGUUGGGCAGAUAAUGGUGACUUAUGGUCUGACAACAUCAGAGUUAUUCAUACAAAUAGUACAAAAGGACAAGCCGGUGUUGGAAUUGCUCUCAAUAGGAAGUGGGGUAAAAGAGUUACGAAUUUUGUGACCAAUAGUAGCGGACUAUGUUUGGUCAAAAUAGAGUCAACACUAAACAACCUUGCAAUUAUACAAGUUUAUAUGCCAACGUCAAAAGCAGAUGAUGAAGAAGUGUAA